UGGAUGAGUUCAGAUUAUUGUCGUCUGUCGUCUGUCUCAUAUCUAUUGUUCAAUAUUUCGUGUGUGUGAUAUAAGUUUCAAUAAAAGAUAACUAAGAAAUACCGUGAUCACUCCAGGAUAUAAAAUGUCUAAAAACCAUAAGAUAAAUUGCGUAACUGAAAUCGAUACAAAAUCCUUCGAGUUUACAUGGGUAAUAAAAAAUUAUUUGGUAGUUUUUGGAUACGAAGAAAUCAUAGGGUCACCUGAAGUAAAUGUUGGCAUGGAUGAUCAAAUAAAAUUAGAAUUAAAUAUCUUGAAAGGAUCCAACGAAGUUAAGUUAAAUCAAUAUCUAACUGGUGUAAAAGACAAGAAGGUUUAUGGAGAAGAGGUUUUUGCAAUGAAUGAAAAAGAUAUGAAUGAACUCAUUUCAUCUGAAGGUACUGUAACUAUUCACUACGAAUUAACAUGUGGCACAGGACCGACAAAUCACAUCCUAAGCGAUGAAUCCGUCGAUACGAAUGAGGUACCAAAGCUAAAAUUCGACUGGAUAUUUCUCGAUGAAAAUUUAGCUGAUAUCAAGUUACGAACUGCAUCGACAAAGGAAAUUCCGGCACAUAGACUCAUGCUCGCGGCGGCCAGUCCAGUAUUCAAAGCCAUGUUUAGCCAUGACAUGUUGGAAAAUAAAAGCCAAUCAGUUGAUAUCAAUGACAUUAGUUAUGAAGCUGCACUUGAGAUGCUACGAUACAUUUACACAGGUGUCGUCAAUAUUCAAGAAUUCUCUUUGUCUGCCGAAGUUUUAGCGGCGGCCGAAAAGUAUCAACUUGGAGGACUGAAAGAUGAGUGCGAGAAAAUAUUGAUAUCAACUUUAUCCGCAGAAAAUGCGAUCGAGGCUAUCAUGAUAGCGAAUAAAUACAACAUGAGUCGCUUGAAGAAAAAAUCAGUUGAAUAUGUAAAAAUUAAUAUCAGCGAAUGUCCCAACUUUGAUGAAGCAGGUGAUGUGAUUCUUAGUAUGACACAAUUUCUUUCCAAGUGAUUUUCGGGACAUUGAGUUUCAAUUAAACUGUAUUAUUAUGUUAUCGUUUGAAUUCGUUUUAAUUUAAAAAUAUAAUAUACUAUUUUUGUACUU